AUGCCCUUGGUCGCCGCCUUAUCGCGUGGCACUCUCUGGGCGGGUGCCGUUGGUGGGUGUGGCAGCACUUGCAGGCUGCAUCUUAGGUUCUCUCUCGUAGAGAAAAUAUUCCGCGAUCCCCAGUAUCCGUACGCGAUUUCGACCACGGCCGUGCUUCUUUACCCGUCGGCGUCAAGUUUAUGCCACGGCCCCCUUUGCGAGCCAUGCUCCCUCCUCGCUGGUGUACGGAGUAGCUGCUUUUCCUUUUACCCCUCAUCUCUCGCCCUGGUAUCCCUUCCCUUCUCUUUUUGCUCGCUCACCCGCCAAAUCCCAAGUGACAAUGACAUGAAUGCCCGAACCCGGAAGUGCGGACAAAAUUCAUGCGGAGGGCAAGCCAACCUGGUCGUGGAAAACCCGGGAACCCACAACUGUGAGCAACGAACACUGAGCAGUGUGGGAACUGCAGUAGCUGGACUUAAGGGAGAGGAGCCGGUAGCCGUAAGGUUUAAUCAAGUAAGCACUCCAAGCCAACAAGGCUCAAGCCAAACCCAAGGAUCCAACGAAGCGAUCUCUAUUACUUACUCAACCGGGGCUGUUCCCGACUUUCGCAUAAUCUUCAGUCCAACGGUUUAUACGUGA